CAUUUUUAAAAGCAAUACAGCGAUUACUGGACACCUCAGUAAGAGAGAGAGAUUAUGUUUUUAUCUAAACCAGAGCUUCUCUACACUAAGAUGGAAAUAUUAGAAUGCAGCAGUGUUUGAUUUAAUUUUGAUUCCACUAAAUGUGCAAAGAAAAUUUUCAACUGAUGUGAUCGAAUUGUGUUGAAUUUAGAAUUUACUGAAGGACAGUAUUUUAAUUUAUUUAAAAAAUAAUGAAUUAAAAAUUGUUUCUUAUAUCAUUCACAUUUAUUAAAAAAUGGACAGAUUUCUUCUCUAUUUUGCUCCGUUCGUACGUUUCGCAAGACAGUAAAGAUUUUUCAAAAAUGGAAAAAGGAAUAUUCGUCGAGAUUGCAUCAACUUUUGCACAACUUUAUUCUAUUAACAGAAGAAAGGAGUAAAGAACUAUUAUAAUGUGUCUUUUGACCACAAGUGGAUUCUUAAUAUUGCUUCAUGCCACUUACGUUAAUUCUGAAUGGAAUUACUAUAAACAAUUUUAUGAAGAGAGGCAACAACAACAGAAAGGAUUGAAGAUUGAUUUCAAGAAAUUUAUUGUAUGUGACAUUAGUUGUAAGUUGAAAAAAUGUUUGUGCUGCAAGGGAGUUUCAUUUUUUAAAGGAUGCUUAACAAGUGUACUUGACCCUUCAAUAAAACUUAUUGUCCUGGCCCUAGAAAUUAAUUCAAAUAAACUUUUUGACAUCAAGAUUUCAGCGAAUUUCACGGAUGUCUGCCUAAAUACGAAAUAUGGAGAUAUCGGAUUUGGUGUUUGUUUCAACACAAUUGUGAAGGAAUCGUACCCAAACUCCAUCAGUUUUAAAAUGUGUCCUAUCAUUUUCGGACAUAUCAACCAUCAUAGAAUUAUAAGCUUAGAAUUUUCCUGUUGGUUGUAUCAGGGAAACUUAAUAGUGUCCAAUGAACACCCGUUUUCCAUUAAACCACGGAUAAGUAAUAUAUCAUUCAUAAAAAAUAAUACAAUGGAAUCAGUGGAAGCAUUUUUAAAGAUGGCGUUUGGAGAACAUAUAUGGUCAAAAAGGAACUGAAAGUUGUUGUAAUAAAAAUGUCAAUAUUUGGUGUUAAAAUGGACAUAUUAUUGUUUAUGGUUUCAUAGGUCUUUAUAGAUUCUUCAAGAUUAUUUCCAGCCAAUAAGCACUACAGAAGGUACAUGAUAUUUUUUAUUUUUACAGAAAAUAGUGUUUUGACUUAAGUAGUACAGGAAAGUCAAAAUUUUAUCACAUUAUUAAUAUCCGCGUGAAACUUCUUAAAUAUCUUCAUUUCAUCAUAACCUACAGCUAUUUUAUUUACGAAAAUUCCCGAAUUCGGGUGUUUUCAAUCUCGAGAUCGGCAAACAUUGUCUAUUUAACUAGGUACUAAAAACUCAUAAAUACAUAUUUGCUUUCCAAUUGAGUCGUUUAAUAAUUUGAGCACAAAAUCGAGAAGAAUGGUGACCUCCAAAAAUAGUGAGUCGUUUGGUUUGAUCUACACACUCAAAAUGUCAAAAUAACGAAGUUAUAUAGACCUAACGGUUGUGAUCGAUUUCGAUUUAUUAUCGAGUUUUCAAUUUAUUACUUAUUUAAACUAACUUAGAAAUUUAUUGUUGCUGUUUCGUUGUUUUUUAUUUUUUUAAAGUUGUGUAGGCAAUUAACCGAUUUAA